AUGUCUUUCCUUCGUCUUGCUACAAGGUCGUCUGUUUUCCCUCGUCAUGCCUUUUCUGCGUUUCGCGUUCACAGGCAGUCACCGUUUCGCGCGUUUGCAGCAGCUUCAGGGCUCUCAAAGCAGGAUAUAGAGGCGCGCGUUCUGGACGUGUUGAAAGGUUUUGAAAAAGUUGAUGCUUUGAAACUCUCUACCUCCUCACAUUUCUCAAAAGACCUCGGACUGGACAGUUUAGAUGCAGUCGAAGUCGUCAUGGCAGUAGAAGAGGAGUUUGCGAUAGAAAUUCCAGAUGCAGAGGCAGAUGAAAUUCAAACAGUGCAGCAGGCUAUUGACUAUAUUGCGAAGACACCCGAAGCUCACUAA